AGGAUGUACUGGCGGUUGGUUCUGUCCGUGCUGCUGGCGGGCGCCCUGUGCGGCGUGGUGGAGAGCAGGAAGCACCGGCCCCCGGGCUCCAUCCCCUCGCCCUACAAGGGCAACGGCAACACCUCGGACAAGCGCGCGCGCAAGCAGGAGGUGCUGGCCUCCAGCCAGGAGGCGCUGGUGGUGACGGAGAGGAAGUACCUGAAGAGCGACUGGUGCAAGACGCAGCCCCUGCGGCAGACCGUGAGCGAGGAGGGCUGCCUGAGCCGCACGGUCAUCAACCGCUUCUGCUACGGCCAGUGCAACUCCUUCUACAUCCCGCGGCACGUCAAGAAGGAGCAGGAGUCCUUCCAGUCCUGCGCCUUCUGCCGGCCGCACCGGUUCACUACGCUCACCGUGGAGCUGGACUGCCCCGACCUGCAGCCAGCCUUCCGCCACCGCAAGAUCCAGCGGGUCAAGGAGUGCCGCUGCAUUUCCGUCAACGUCAGCGAGUCCGACAAGCAGUGAAGCUCGUCGCCCCCCUCACCCCGCGCCCCCCC